UUUGAUUGUUUACAACAGAAAUCUGAAAUAAUGAAGCCGCAAGGAAAGAAUUUUCAAGGAAGAAAUAACAGACCUGCAAAUAGAGGUCCAGGAAAAGUGGCUUACAACCAGAAGCCCAAUUUCAAAAGCAAAAAUAGGUCGAAGCCAAAAGAAGAUAAACCCAAUAAACACGAAAUCCGGAAAAUGCAACGACAGCAGAAGGCUGCCCAAGCUGCAGCGGAAAGAGAGAAAAUAAAAGCAGAAAAGGACGCCAAAAUAAAGAUUUAUAAACAGCAUCGUCUGGAACGUACCAAGGCAAUCAGCAAAAAAACCCAAAGGGGUCAACCACUGAUGAAAGAUCGCAUGCAGCUCCUUUUAAAGCAGAUCGAGGAGAUGAAGCGCCGCUGAAUAAGAACUCUAUUACCUUACGGCUAAGGACUACAAUUUCUAGAAUAGUAUAGAUGAAUAAGCCAGAAUUAUAUAAGAGACCGUUUAAAUCAA